UACUAUUUGUUUUGGGUGGGGGAGUUGCUAUAGUGCAGCUAUAGUGACAACAUAUUUAUUUUUCUUGCCGUUUAGGAAAGUAUUCUCUGAUACAUUUAGAACUUAGGGGUGCCAUAUGCUGUGGGUUUUCCUGUUUGUUGAAAACUAUUAGGAGUAUUGUUCCCUUGGCUGACCAGUGAUAUUUUGUUUAUCUGUUUGUGUUAAAUACUGUGAAAAGAAAGUUUAUAUUUACCCUUGCAUAGUGAGUACAAAUGUAACUAUUUUAUGUGUUAUAUUAUCCAUUAAAAGAAAAGUAUCCUUAUAACUCGGCUCCACAUCAAAGCUUAUUUUGCCCUAAAAUUAAUAUGAGAUUUUCAUAGGGGCCUAUAUAUUGCAAUGUAGAAAGGAUGCUGUUAUUGAAGGCAUGACGGCAGUGAAGGGAUUAAAGAAAGGAGGACUCCGGCACUAGAGGCAGGACCAAGUGAUGUGAGCACAUGACAGGAAAAGCAGAUCGGUACAGUAAUGCAGGGCCUGAGAAAGAAAAGCAGGUUGUGAAAUGAGCUAUUUAUUUCCUGCAACGAUAUCAGAUCAAAUCAAAUAGGACCUUUGGGGGGGGCUUUCUGCAGAAACAGCCCAUGGGGUCUCCAGUUUCCUUUGUCUUGUCCAGAAUGGCAGCCUGUGGAGGAAACAUAAAGAAUAAAGUCACAGUUAAUAAGACCGUAUGGGACUUUCUUAACAAAGAGACCCCUUCCAAACUUACAAGACUGUGGGAAGAAAACAGAGUGAGGAUACUGAUUGAUGGUGAAACAUCUGAAAUUUAUGUUCUGCGACUUUCCCCUGAAAGUCAUGUGCCUGCAAAUGCUCUUUAUCUAGCUAGAAAGGCACUGAAAUCCCUUUUAAAGGAGACCGAGAAAGAGUUGAAGAAAUCAUAUAAACAGCAUCAGUUGACUGGAUGUAUGGCUUAUGGUGAUAAGAAUAACGAGCAUGCAACAGAGCUGCACAUCCGAGGAACAUAUUCCAGGGGGACACAGAGCUCUGGUGGCAAAGGACUUCCUGGGUGUGCAGGAGGGGGGGCUAGCAGCAGUCAUAGCAGCUCUCGAGAUCAUAGAAGGGAAGACCCUGAGGAUGAUCGAGAGAACCAAUGUCCUAUUUGUCUGGGUGAGAUUCAGAACAUAAAGACACUAGAGAAGUGCCAACACUCGUUCUGCGAGGAUUGUAUUACCCGGGCACUGCAGGUGAAGAAAGCAUGUCCAAUGUGUGGCCGAUUCUAUGGGCAGUUGGUGGGCAACCAACCAGAAAAUGGUAGAAUGUUGGUAUCCAAGGACUCCGGCCUGCUGUUGCCUGGUUAUGAGAAAUAUGGGACCAUUAUUAUACAGUAUGUCUUCCCACCAGGCAUUCAAGGGUCAGAGCACCCCAACCCUGGAGUAAGGUAUCCGGGGACAACACGUGUGGCUUACUUGCCUGAUUGCCCUGAGGGAAACAAAGUUCUCACGCUAUUCAAGAAAGCCUUUGACCAACGUCUGACCUUUACCAUUGGGACUUCAAUGACUACAGGACGGCCCAAUGUCAUUACGUGGAAUGAUAUUCACCACAAAACUAACUGCACAGGAGGACCACAGCUAUUUGGAUACCCAGAUCCAACUUACCUGCUGAGAGUCCAGGAGGAGCUCAGAGCCAAAGGUAUCACAGCUGACUGAAGGAACUGUUCUUCACAGGACCAGAAGAGGAAUAUAGACAAAGGAAAUUGUGUUUGUUCUGUUAAGUGGCUCAAACAGCUAAUUCUUCAUGUGGAAAAAAAACUUGCCUCUCUUUUUUGCCAUCCUCCUGCCAUCUUAGCUUUUUAUUCGAAUCUGCUGGACUACAGAAUACAGACAAACGUCAAACGCAGAUCUGGAACCUUGGCGAACCAUUGAAACGUGACACUCUACUGCCAUGUUGAACAUGGAUGAUGAUUUUUUUGGGUUUACCUUUGUGGUGAAUCAGUUUGAGAUACUGUGAACAAUGAGUGCCAAUACUGAACAUUUUACAGUGGAAGAGACACGCAGAGAAUCACUGAUGAAUUGCCUGUAGCAGUCUUGCUUCAUAGCUGGUUUAGUGCUCAUUUCUGAUUCGCCUAUAGUGUUUGGCUAGAGUUCUGAAAAGAAUAACAGCAGUCUGUGGGAUUAGCAGUGCAUUAUGAUUUCUUCAGUUAAAAAAAAUGGUUUAAUAAACUUGGAGUUGCAAAA